AUGCAAGAUAUCAACUCAUCAAAAGGAUAUCGACUUGGGAGUACUAGGGAAGUAGAACUUGAAGAAGCUUUACGUGAUAGUUGUAUAACUAAUUCCGAACUUAUUGAGGAUUUUAAAAACUACCGGAAGGUAUAUUCAGAGUUUAGUAAAAAUAUUAAACAGGAUAAAUCACAAUUACAACUUGAUCUAAAUCAAACCAAUAAAGAUAAAAAGAAACUUUCUAAGCAUAUUUACCAGCUUAUAGAUGAGGUUAAGCGAUUGAGCUCAGAGUUAGAUACUUUAACAUCUCAAAUUAAUCAAUUACAGAUUUCCAAUGCUGAAUAUGGAGCCAAGGAUAUCAUUCGAUUGAAAAAAAUAAAAUCACUCCAGUCAAUGAACGAAAUAUUAAAUAAAAUUAUAGUUAUGAAUUCCCAGGAAGCAGUGCUUCGAGUUCCCAACUCAUCUGAUAUACAAAACAAGCCCGAAGGGCGAUCCAAGGAUCAUGGCUCAUCGAGCUUACCACCCAUGAAACUUUAUCUUAUGGAUAUAGAUGAAGCUAAUAAACAUGAAUCAAUUCGAAAUGUUGGACAUCCAGCAAUGUCAUGGCCUUUCAGUAAGGUAGUUAUUGGUAAGAGUGAUCUAUGUAUGUUCCAUCAUAUCUUGACUAUUUGUGUAACUGAUUUUUUGCAUUUUCCACCAAGUCAAUGA